GCGGAGAGUGUUCCUCUUCAUGUUGUUUUGUUGUGGCCGUCAGCUGAAUGUUGGCUUUCUGACCGCGCUGACACCACGGAGGGAAGUCCCCGGACCCCCCUCCCUUCGGCUCUCCCAGACCCGCGGGCUCGGCGAGCGGCUCCAUCCGCCUCCAUCACAAUCCAGGAAAUGCGGACCGCUGGCUUAUUCGCCACCGGAUAAAUGGCUGCAGCUGCCGUACAGUAGCGAACGGAGCCUGUGAAGCGUCUCUGAGGGGGGGAAGACCAGACUGCUCUGUCAGACUAUUCAGCAAUUGACCUGACUACACAAUUGAGGACCAGCAAAAGAAAUGCGGAGAAGAUCUUGAGCGGGCUGUUAGGAUGGCUGCAGCUGGACAGAAGCAUAGCUGUACACUGAGAGAUGAUCCAUGUUUACCUACAUCAGUGCUGCUCCAGGGCACAUUUUAACAAUGCCUCACUUGGUCCUCUUGAAUAACUUAAGGCCCACACUGAAAAAGGCCCUUUGUUGGGAUUUACAAUCACUGUCCACAACCCCUUGUCUCUGACCUCCCUGCUGCCAUGCGGUUACGCCCAUGAGGCUCUAAGGGCCCUUGCUUAUGCAUCUGUGAGGCCUCCUCCUCACUCUAUGGAGGCCGAGCCCAGCCAUUCGGCUGAUGGGGAGCGCUCUGGAAGACAAGAGCAGCAGCAUGUGACAGCUGAAUCCCCACUUGGGUCUUGUCCACCGCAGCAGCCCCAGCAGCCCUCUAACCCACGUCCUGUACACAGAGCUUUGGGUCGACUGCAGAAUCGCCAGCCCAAACGUGCUGAUCUUCUUCGGUUACAACAGCAAGUAGUAGCAUGGCAGCAAACGGACACACCAGGUCCUUCAGGAGGCAGCCUUUUCUCUUCAGGAUCUGCAUCAAUCUCAUCUCUUCCUUCUACAUCCUCCACCCAGGUUGAGCAGGGUCACAGGAUCCCAUCUCAGUCAAGCCAAGAGACUAAAGAAGGGGUGAGCUCUCCUAGAAAAGGAGAGAAAAAAACCCCGAAACUAGGGAAAUAUGUGUGCACUUAUUGUGGCCGUCCUUGUGCCAAGCCAAGUGUUCUUCAGAAACACAUUCGCUCCCACACAGGAGAAAGACCUUAUCCUUGUGCUCCCUGUGGUUUUUCUUUCAAGACCAAGAGUAACCUGUACAAGCACCGCAAGUCCCAUGCUCAUCGCAUUAAAGCAGGUCUUGUGUCCAGUCGUGAUGAGCCCAGUUCUAGUGGCCCAGACUGCCGUAGUAUUGGAGAAGAUCCUGAGGAGCCUACAGAAGGAGAAAGUACAGAGUCAGAAGACGAGACAGGCCAACACAGAAAAUCUUCUAAGGAGAUUUCGGCACGACAGAAAAAAGGUGGUAAGGAGUUGCCCGAGGGGUCAGAAGAGUGCCAGAGGCCUGAAGAUUCUCAAGCUGUUAAGCAAAGGCUGGCGCUGCGACUUAGUGAAAGAAAACGUGGACCCAUGGCUUCUCCUGAUGAUCCUCCUUUGUCUCUCUCCACCUCAUCUUCGUCUCUUGGCCCUGGCAGUAAAGGCAGCACAGAGUCUGGAUACUUUUCUGGAUCUGGCAGCACUGACCUGUCCCAAGUUAGUCCUCCGAGCGCUAGUGCCAAAACCUACGCAGAAAUAAUUCUUGGGAAAUAUGGGAGGUUGGGAGGGCAGCAGCGGAGUUCACAUCCCCAGCAUUCUAAUUCUCCCCUUUCUGCACUGCCUGGAACAGAUGAGAAGAGUAUUUCUUUUUCUGUACCCAAAACCCAAGUAAUAGAACACAUUACAAAGCUCAUCACUAUCAAUGAAGCAGUGGUAGACACCAGUGAGAUUGACAGCGUGAAGCCUCGACGUUCCUCUCUGUCAAGGAAAAGCAGCUUUGAAUCGCCCAAAUUGACUACCCAAAAAGACGCCUACACAUUUGAUUCAAAGGGAGAAGCCCCUGGUCCAAGUGGUUUGGGACAUCCACACAAUCCCGAAACAGAUCCAUCAGCUACCCAAACGUCAACAGCCCCCCUGCUCAGAAGUCGCUCUAUGCCAUCGUCUACCAGCCAACAAGAGUUCUCUGUGUCUGGAAACAGGUCCACCAGAGGUUAUCGUCUCUGCCAGUCUUUCGAUGAGCAGCAGGCUUCGGCGGCAGAGAUUAACAUUGUUCAUGCCCAUCGUAUGCUGAGGCGCCAACCUGCCAUAGAGGUUCCUCUGGGAGCUGAGCUUAUGUUGGAGGAGACUCCGCCCAACUCCUGUUCGUCAAUCAAAGGCAGAGACGGAGUCAGGCAUCCACAGCAACAACCACCGCAAAGUACUUUGAGCCCAUUUGAAUGCAAAAUAUGUGGGACACAUUUCCAGCAUAGUGACAACUACAGGGCUCAUGCAGGCAUGUGCACAGGGCAGAAAACGCUGGUAGAAGAGAGCAGCGAUGCAAGUAAGACCUGCAGAGAGGAUCGGCCCCAGAUGAUGAUGCACUAUAAAUUCAGAGCCUUGGCCAUGGCUGUGAGGAAGAGGAGGAAAGAAGAGAGUAUAGAAGAGGAUCUACCUAGUCCUGGGUCCGUAGCCAUGUCAGAGAGGUCUGCAGUCCUCCUACCAGUGGCAGGUCAAGGACACAACCAGACACUCUCAGGUGCUUCUGUCGAGACUGAGUCGGGACAACAGCAGCAUGACAGAAAAGGGGUGUCUGUCAUUCAGCACACAAGCUCCUUUGAAAAGCAGGAGACAAUCUCCAUGGAAAGUGAGGUAUCAGAUGUCAAGGAGGCUCAACAAGCACAACAACCCCAUCCAAAACCUUCUACAUCACGCCUCAUCCGCCAGCACAACAUCCAAGUUCCAGAGAUCUUUGUUACAGUGGAGCCUGAUGCUGACAUGACGUCUUUGUCACCAACAGUAACAGCAUCGUCUUCUAAGGAGGCAGAAAGAGUGGAGGAGUUCCAGUGGCCACAACGUAGCCAGUCUCUGGCCCAACUCCCUGCAGAGAAACUGCCCCCGAAGAAGAAAAGACUCCGCUUAGCUGAGAUGGCGCAGUCCUCAGGGGAGUCAAGCUUUGAGUCUGUGUCUCUGCCACGCAGUCCUAGUCAGGAGAGCAGCAUGUCCCACACUUCAAGUCUUUCCGCUUCUUUCGAAGAUGCAGCAAGGACUGAACCUGCCCUUUGGGGCUCCAGUAGCCAAAGCACCCAAAUGUUGACCGUGCCAUCCCCCUCCCAUCAACACAACCAAAGCCACAAGGAGAUGAGGCGUUCAGCUUCAGAACAGGCCCCUCAGAAAACAGAGCAGGUCUCCGAAACCAGAAGUAAAUCUUUCGACUUGGGUUCCUUGUCAUCUCAGCAGUCAGCAUCAUCCUGGAAAGAACGGAGGAAGUGUCUCCUUGUAAAGCAUGCUACCUUAGGGGAACCUGAGCAAGAGGAGGGGGUUGGCAUGAGUCAGCUAUCUAGAGCAGACAGUCCGAAGCCUGGUCCUUCUCACUUGAGCCACCCUCUGGUUUACUCAAGUUCCUCUUUCCACCCAGAGGACACGGAGAAUGUCUUGCAACUGUUACAGCCACGAGAUGUGCUUCCUCCACAUCUAAGCGGCCAACCAACAUUCCCUCCAGGAUUGCCGGCGACACAGUUUAUUAACAGAAGCUUUUUACAUCCACAAAUCGCUCCACCUGUACACCCAAUGCAGAUCCACAUGGGUGAACAGUUGGGUAUACAGCUCCAUCAACUUCCUGCUUUAGUUCCUGUCCAAUUUCCCUUCAGGACCACUGCUAGCCAGUCUCUGUACUUACCUUCACCUCCAUUACAUUCCUCACAUGCUUGUACAGCUCCUUCCACAGAUGGAAGAACCUCGUCUAUGUCUUUUGACCUUACCCAGCAGUCUCUUGUUACAAUUUCUUACCCCUACCCGCGGCCUGUGAUUGCCACUUGUGUGGCACAGCUUACACCAGCAGUGUCCCUGGUGGUGCCAGUCCGCCUCCAAACCCACAUCCCUACCUAUACUCGUGCAAUGUACACCACCCUGUCCCAGAUUCUCACUUCUGCUUGUCCGCAGGAGCCCAUUUUUUGUACGGCCAUGACACUUAUGGGCCAAGUAGAAAGGAGCAAGUUACAGAGGUCUUAUCUGAAAGUCCCCUCACCAGACAUUAAGUGUCUCCCUCCACUACUUCUUCCUGGAGAGGGUAUGUCACCAUCAGUCGAGGGGUACGGUCCACUUGGCCCUGGUGGGAGUAAACGCAUGCUCUCACCUGCAGCCAGUCUGGAGCUCAGUACUGAAGCUCAGCGUCACCAGAAAAGAGUAAAAGAGGAAGAGGAGGGUGAACAACACAAGUCUGCAAAAGAAGCGGAGAAUGUAGAGGAAAAAAUGCACAGGGGAGGAGGAAGUAAAGCUGCUGGGAAACAACUGGAAGAGAUUGAAAGUAAAAAAGACCUGCUUGAAACUACAACUGUAAAAACAGAAGGGAAGCAUAAAAGGGAGGAGAAACAGGUAGAAGAAUCAACUGGGAGAAGUCAAAAAGAGGAGCAACAUCCUGUUGAAGAGAAGAAGAUUGAGAGACCAAACACCCGUUCAUACCCCAGCCUUCACACGUCCACCUCUGUCAACUGGUGCUACCUGAACUAUGUCAAACCCAACCCGACCGCACAGAGGGACAGUAGCACCUCAGUUUAUUCCACCUGGAGUGUCAGCGGACACAACCCAAACUUGCCAGGCAUCAGCACUAAGGUGGCUUUGUCUCUGCUGUGCUCCAAACAGAAGCAUUGCUCAGAGACCUACACCAUCGCCAUGGCUCCAAAUCCAGACAAAAUCAAAAAGCCCCCUUCAAGUAGCAACGCUCCACGAGUGUCAGAGGUCCAUCCCACCACAGCCAGUCCCUCCACUGAUGGAACAGAUCACCAGCCCGAACAGGAGGAGAAUAAAGAAACCAGAGAAAAAGAGGCGCCGUCCACCUCAAAACAAAGCGAAACAUCUCGUGUCCGAAUAUUUGAAGGAGGGUAUAAGUCUAACGAAGAGUAUAUUUACGUUCGAGGGCGUGGCAGAGGAAAGUACAUAUGCGGGGAGUGCGGCAUCCGCUGUAAGAAGCCCAGCAUGCUGAAGAAGCACAUCCGAACACACACUGAUGUCCGUCCGUACAUUUGCAAACACUGCAACUUUGCCUUCAAAACCAAAGGGAACCUUACCAAACACAUGAAGUCAAAAGCUCAUGGGAAAAAGUGCCAGGCAAUGGGAGUGUCUGAAGCGUCGGCGGAUGAGCCGGAGAGCGAGGAAACAGCAGCCCACGAAGAGCGUGCCUGUUACUCAGAGGAGCAGGAAGAACACCGUUUUUCCAACGUCGAGGAGUCUGAGGACGAUGACGACAACGACGAUGACGAUGACGAAGACGAGGAAGAGGGAUCGCACGACGACCCUCCUUCCUCCUGUUCAUCCGACACCCACGCAUCGACGGGGGGCCGUUCCAAAUGCAGCGGGCACUCUCGGCAGUGUACUCCGGAGCCGGAGCCCGCGUGUCUCAUCCCCAGUCCCGGCCUAGAAACGUCCCAAAGGGGGACUUGGCACAGCAGACGUGCCGCCUCACCGGGCAGCAGGAGAGCCCUGUUCUCCCGACGGAGCUGGAAGGCGUCGCCGAGAACUUUCUCCCCCAGCAGUGGGAGCUGUUCCCCCAGUCACAGUCUCUCUCCGCGCCUGGAGCUGUCCUCACCCGUCCAUAGUCUGUCCCCAAGGACAGAGCUACCCUCACCCAGCCGGCAAGUGUCGCCGUCCCCUGAAAGAGGACCCUCUCCCGUCAGACCCGUCUCUCCUCUCCGUCCCAUCUUGUCAGGCUGCUACAGGUUAUCGCAAGCUAGGACGCCGCCUAUGCCGGUUGGAGCAAAGCAGAGGACGCUUGGAUGUCUUCCCUGGGAACACCUCAAUACAAGGAGUAGCUACAUGAAAGUGGACAAAGGCGGUACUGCAGGAACAGGACAACCCCUCCUGUUUCCGCCUGCCUUCCGCCUCUCCACAUGCGAGGCCUACGUCGGCCACCCAGCGGCUGCAGUGGACAACAUCUUCAGCCAUCUUCCAAUGCACUCCCAGCAGGCCAAGGUCCCUUAUCUGAUGAUUCCUAUCGGGGGGAUCCAAAUGGUACAAGCCAGGCCACGCUCCAACCCUUCCACCCCCUCGUCCCCCAUGUCUCCUUCCACGGAGGGGCCCUCACCUGCCAGGUUUGACUCAUACUGGGGCGGGACCCCAGGACCUCAAGGGAGUCGGGCUCCGGGAGGCGAGCGCUCAGAAAGCAGCCAAUCAGGACAGCGCGGCGCAAACGUGCCGACUUCGAAACUGGAACGGACGGACUCAAAGCAAUAUGGCAGCUCGCGAAGCUCCGCCCACGAGGGGGAGGAGCCACCUUGCGGAAGUGAGCAGGUGGCUCGAAGAGACCAGAGCACCUAAUAACGUCUUAUUUGCUUUCUUUUUUUAUACCGUUUUCAAUACAAUUGUUAACUUAAAUGUUUGGCAAUAUUCAGGUUUGUCAUAAAAAAAUGCACUUUUUUUUCUUUGUGAACAUUUCUGUAAAUGUAUAUAUGAAAAUGAUAUAUGAAUAUAAAGUUCCUGUAUCUGUAUCGAUACUGGUAAUCUUACUGUCUGUUGGAAUAUGUGUAAAGGUAAUAUAAACAUUUGUAAAUGACCAAAAUAUUACAUCUUUAAAAAAAAAUCUUUUUUUUCCCAGUAUUAUACUCCAAUUGUAGUUGUGCCUUUUCUGUCCAGGUUUGUGUUUUGAGCUGUACAGUACAGAUAGAACAUGAGAAGGCUGUGAAAUUUUAUAUUUGUGUCGAUUUAUAUUCGGUGUUUUCGUUCUUAAUACUGUCGCUUUAAUUCCAGGGUAACCAAGAGUCAGAUGGAUGAUUUAUUGAAGGAGCAGCAGAAAGCCGUCACAGGGAAUGCACUGAAGUUCUAUUUUUUAAUCGUAUGAGACUCUGGAUGAGGUUUCUCUCCACAAGGACGAGCGCUCCUUAUUUAUUGUUGACAACCUUUCAUUUUUUUACUCUUUGUUUCUUUUCUUACAUUUUUCAUGAUGUUCUUGCGAUUUGAAUCGGUGGAUAAAGAUGAGGGAUCGACCGGUGCCAAUGGAUCAAGUGCCCUGCAAAUUUCACACACAGCCAAAUUUGCAGUCAUUGGGAAAAAUUAAAAAAAUAUCUAUAUAUUGCACCAAA